GCUCGGGACUGUUUGCAGACGGAACUACCCGAUUCCAAACGGUCAGCCAACUGAUGACUUGUGUGUUUAUAUGCGAUUGCCCAAAAUUUCUACUAAACACUCUGCGAUCUCGAGAGGCCAAUGGUGACUAUUGGGUUGCGUUCGCAAACUGAAGAACAGAACGCAACGGAGUCAGUUAAGUUUCUGAUUACCUGCACCAUGUCAGAUGAGGAGGAUGGUCUAGAUGUCCUUAACAUUAAACCUCCACAAGCAGUCAUUGCUAAGCCAUCGCGGAGCAAACACAGUGAUCGUCUUUAUCAUUCCAGGUCUUCAUCAUCAUCCUCACAGCGGAAGAGCCAUCACCGUGGUCAUCACCAUGAAGAAAGGAGAAGGAGGCACAGGGAAAAAGAUGCAGAACAAAAAGAACUUUUCCUGCAACAACAGUCCUUAGAAAUAUACCCAGCAGUGCGAAGGCGACAGCAUGAUGAAUCCAGGGAUUCUCAUCGUAGUCGCCAUGAACAGCGAAGAGAAAGAAGAGAAGAGAAGGAAUCCAGGAAAGAACAAGAAAGAUUGUUCAGGAACAAAGAAUUGGAACGAGACAGGGAAAGAGAUCUCAGAAACCGUGAAGAAGAAGAAGAAAGAUUCAUGCGAACAGAAAGAGCCAGGAAUGAAUCUGCUGAGCUAAAAUUAUUAAAAUUGAAGGAAGUUGACUUGCGUGAAAAAUUACAAAAGAAAAAAGUAGACCCACAAAAAGAACGCGAGCAGGUAGAAAGGGAUCAACGAAGAGACAGAAUAUUGGCUGCAGAAAAGAUAAGGGAUGCCUGUAAGCGAGAACUUGAGGAAAGAAGGAAGAAGAACUACGGGCAAGAAAGAGAACAGGAUGCCAGGAGCCUAAGUCGCAGUAAAAGUCGCAGUCCUAAUCAUAAGGAAUCAGACAACGAUCAAGAUCGACGGAUGGAGACUGAUGAUGCAGGGUUGGUUUAUCUCUCAGAUGAGUCAAGAAGUCCAUUGGUAAUGGAGCCCUUACCUCAGACGUCACCCAUGCUGCGAUCACCAAGUCCAAUGUCUAGCCAGAGCUCAAGUCCAAAAUCCAAACACAACUCUGAUAACGCUGACACGCAUGAUAGUGAUACUAAUACUAGUCGGUCUUCUAAUUCCUCCUCUACCCCCGAAUCAUCUGAUGAUCAAGACAGGAAUAAUGGGCGAAACCGAAAUGACAAAAAUAUUGAAGGAUUAUCUCCUGAAAGAGAGCAUAUAAGUAAUGAUGUUCAUGCAAAUGAAGAAUCAGAAAUGGAAAUACUAGCUGCAGAAUCCUUGCCACCAUACCUGCCAGCAAUCCAGGGUUGUCGAAAUGUUGAGGAAUUUGAUUGUCUGAACAGAAUUGAGGAAGGAACGUAUGGUGUUGUGUAUCGUGCUAGAGACAAACGUACAAAUGAAAUCGUAGCUUUGAAAAGACUGAAAAUGGAAAAAGAAAAGGAAGGUUUCCCAAUUACAUCUCUACGUGAAAUUAGCACCCUCCUGAAGGCACAACAUCCAAAUAUAGUGACAGUCAGAGAAAUUGUAGUUGGAAGUAACAUGGACAAGAUAUACAUUGUCAUGGAUUAUGUGGAACAUGAUCUGAAAUCGCUAAUGAAAACUAUGAAGUCAAAGAAGCAAGUUUUUCUUCCUGGUGAAAUCAAGUGUCUUAUGGAGCAACUACUUAAGGCAGUCAAUCAUUUGCAUGACAACUGGAUUUUACAUCGUGAUUUGAAAGCUUCAAAUCUGCUUCUGUCCCACAAAGGAAUUUUAAAAGUGGGUGAUUUUGGUCUUGCCCGUGAAUAUGGUUCCCCAUUAAAACAGUACACUCCAAUAGUAGUUACUCUUUGGUACAGAGCUCCAGAACUAUUGCUUUGCACCAAGGAAUAUUCCACAAAAAUAGACAUGUGGUCAGUGGGAUGUAUUUUUGCUGAGUUUCUAACCAUGGAGCCCCUAUUCCAGGGCAAGAAUGAGUGCAAUCAGAUUCAUAAAAUAUUUGAAGUACUGGGAACUCCUAAUGACACAAUUUGGCCCGGGUACUCACAGUUUGCACUCUGCCAAAAAGUUAACUUGCCAAGUUACCCUGGAGUAUCUCUAAAAGCAAAGUUUGCACAAAUGAUUAGUGAUGCUGGUCUCAAGCUUCUAUCCGAUUUUUUAACCUAUGAUCCAAAUCAGCGAAUCAGUGCUGAUGCUGCUCUUAAAAGUAAUUAUUUCAAAGAACUCCCAAAAGCAAUUGAUCCCAGUAUGUUUCCAACGUGGCCUGCAAAAAGUGAAAUGGGUCAUAGAAAAGCAGCCAGUCCUAAGCCUCCUUCAGGAGGUCAAAUGUAUAAAAACAUGGCAGAGGAUGAUCGCUUUCAUAUGGGAGGAGUGGCCAAUUAUCGAUCCAAUCUGGGCGGUGGAGGUUUUAGUCUCAAGUUUUAAGUCUCCUGUGCAAGUCUUUCAGUAACCAUUCUAAAUCCUCCCCGGUCUUAGCUCUCAAGACAGAGGUGCGUAUGCUGCAAAGAGGUAUUGCCCCCCGAUGCAACUCUCAAGAUAGUUCUAACCAAAGUUUGUUGACUGGCGGCUACCGAACAAAUGAGCAGAAAAGAGUCUUUGAGCAUUAUUAAUGCAAUUUGGUAGCAGAUCUUCCUAGCUUCUCCCCCUGCUUUCCAUUUGUUUGUUUGAAUUCCUCUCGUGAAGUAUUGGAGUGUAAUAUAAGUUUCCUUUGAUCUCUUUCUUUACCUUGCGCAAUUCUCAUCUCCUAUUUCAUGCUUCGCUAUGCUAGGAUCAUUGAUAGUGAGUUUUGAAGUGGAGGUCAUUUGGGAGGCAGAAAUUUUUGACUAUAGGUAGGCUGCUUUUAGAUAUUGCAAUCUUAAAAAAUCUUGAAAAAAAAUCUAAUUUUUCUCCAAGGACCUCAAAAAACAGAGUGUAUACUACACACAGGAGCUUACAAUAUAUGGGCAAAUACAGUGUAUGUUCCCAUAUCAAAAUUCCUUGCAGAAUAUGUCAAGUACGUUUGAAAAGUCAAAAGCAACCGUCAAGAGAGAUAUAAGUGCUUUUAGUUUACCUUAGAAUUAGUAAAUUUAAAUCUUCAGCACAUGUAUAAAUCAUAAUGAACACAGCUCUUGCUGACCAUUGAAAACUCAACACUUUGGCAAUUGACUAUAUAGUUUGGUUCCACUAAAAUCUCCGUUUUUCUUUGAAGUAACGUAAUGAUAACUGUACAGUUGUCCAAAGAAAAUCAGGACCCUGAAAAAAUUAUUAUACCGUAAAGUAACGAGCAAUGAAUUUAGUGCUUGAAUUAACUCCAUUUUGGCCAGACUUGGUUUCUGGGCAAGUGAGGAAUCCUAAUCCUUGAACAUACUAAAGAAUAAUAAAUUGAUCUUGUUGAACUUGCAAAAUGGUGUUACUAUGUGGGCCAUUCUAGUAUUAUGUAAAGUAUUUUGGCCAACUUUUUGACCUCCUCUCUCCGCUUGCAAGGCACCCUUUAAACUACUUUUCACCUGCCUUUUUGAAUCAUGUAGCACUGGCCUAAUCCUCCUCCCCAUCAAUUUUAAGAAAAUUAACAAAGCAAGCCUGAAAAAUAACUUAAGAGUUUUGAAUUAGAUUUUGAUGAGAAACACAAAGGAAAGGAAGCCAUAAGUUUAAAUUUAAGUCUCUUCUACUGAUGUAAAUCUGUUAAAAGUACCAAAUAAAUAUUGUUCGAAAUA